AUGAAGUCCUUUCAGCAAUUGACUCGCCAGAAGGCCCUAUCGGGUCUGACAAUGCCCCGUAUCCUGUCCUCCCAGCCCAUCGCCGCUCGUCGGCUAUGGCAGAGGAAUUUCAGUGCCACCGCAUCUGCGGCACAAUUGGCAGCCUUGGAUGCUUCCAAGUUGACCAUCACCAAGACCCAGGCUCCUAAGGAGCUUACUCCUAACAAGGAUCUUGUAUUUGGCAAGACUUUCACUGACCAUAUGCUCUCAAUUGAGUGGACAGCUGCCGAUGGCUGGCACACUCCCCAGAUUAUCCCCUACCAGAACCUCAGCUUGGAUCCCUCAACAUGUGUGUUCCACUACGCAUUCGAAUGUUUCGAAGGAAUGAAGGCAUACAAGGAUAAAAAUGGAGGAACCCGUCUAUUCCGCCCCAACAAGAAUAUGGAGCGCCUGAACAAGUCCUCUGCUCGCAUUGCCCUGCCCACCUUUGACGGCGAGGCUCUCACAAAACUGAUUGGAGAGUUUGUGAAGUUGGACGACCGAUUCAUUCCCGAUGCCCGUGGCUACUCCCUGUACCUGCGCCCAACCAUGAUCGGUACCCAGAAGACUCUGGGUGUUGGUCCUCCUGGAUCUGCUUUGCUGUUCGUUAUUGCCAGCCCUGUUGGUCCUUACUACCCUACCGGUUUCAAGGCUAUCUCCUUGGAGGCCACUGACUACGCUGUCCGUGCCUGGCCCGGUGGUGUUGGUGACAAGAAGCUCGGAGCCAACUAUGCUCCCUGCAUCUUGCCCCAGCUUGAGGCUGCUUCGCGUGGUUUCCAGCAGAACCUGUGGCUUUUCGGCGAGGAGGAAUAUGUUACUGAGGUUGGUACCAUGAACCUCUUCCUUGCCAUCAAGAACAAAGAGACUGGUCAGAAGGAACUUAUCACCGCUCCUCUGGACGGUACCAUUCUGGAGGGUGUCACAAGAGAUUCCGUGCUUGCGCUUGCUCGCGAGCGACUGGAGCCUAAGGGCUGGGCCAUUUCGGAGCGCAAGAUCCGUAUGGCUGAUGUUGCUAAGGCUGCUGAGGAGGGUCGCCUGAUUGAGGUCUUUGGUGCCGGCACUGCUGCUAUUGUUAGCCCUGUCCGGAACAUCAGCUACCGCGGUAAGCUGGUUGACUGCGGGUUGAAGGCUGACGAGGAGGCUGGUGAGAUUGCUCUUCAGAUGAAGAACUGGAUGGAGAGUAUUCAAUAUGGUGAUGAGGCGCACCCCUGGAGUGUUGUGGUUUAA